AUGUUACUUGUCCUCAGUUUUUUUCUACUUCCUCUGGCCGUAACGUCGCAACAGGUCAACCUUUACCACCGCCUCCAACUACUAAAUGGCCAGCAGAGUACAUUCAUCAAACGAGGUGCUAUUGUUUACGAGGACUCCCAUUCAGCGUCAUAUCACCCUUCACCUUCCGCGUUAGAACAUUAUGGUCAGUUCUCUGCCACAUUGCAAGAGAUUGACCGUGUGGAUCAGGACCGAAUUUUGUAUCAAGUUGCGCUUGAACGAGAUGGAGAUUGGGAUAUCUCCUCCGUCAAAUGGUGCCAUCUUCCUCAGAUUUCCUCCGAAACGUUGAUUCUUCAUACAACGGAUACAUCUCAACCAACGUCACACGCCAUAGAUUAUUUCGUUUCCCCCAUCCUGCCUGAUGGCGCUUGUCCUGUAAAAGGCUCACUCUCUGCCAGCUUCGAGCAUCUGGCGAGGUUGAACACCACUGUAUUGCUUCGUACACCUAGAUUACCUCCCCUCCCUGAAUUGCGAACCCCUCCACCUCUGACGCCAGAGGGAAAGCCUGCCGAGCCGGUUCCAGAAAAAUCCUUCAUUCAAAAGUAUUGGAUGUACAUCGCUGCGGCUUUGGUUGCUUUACUCAUGUCCGGCGGUGCGUCCGAAGAGGGACAAGGCGGUCAGAAGUAG